AUGAGCAGCUGCCAAAAGCCCUGGAAGGGCUGCCCCGAGGAGGAUGAGGGCGGCUCCCAGCUCGGAGAGAAAUUAACUGGCUUCUCCGAGGCCAUGGCCAUGUACGAAGACAAAAGCGGCAGCACGUCCGCGCGGGCCGGCGAGAACGGCCUCGACCGCGCUGCCUCCAAGGGCUUGGCGACGAGCGCCGCCGCGACGAUGGCGCGGCUCCAGCUCUACAAGAACCACGGGGCGGACGGCAGCAAGUCCGACGAAAGCGGCAGCACGCGUUCGCGGGCCGGCGAGAAAGGCCUCGACAGCGCUGCCUCCAAGGGCGUGGCGACGAGCGUCGCCGCGACGAUGGCGCGGCUCCGGCUCUACAAGAACUACGGCGCGGACGGCAGCAAGUCCGACGAAAGCGCCAGCACGCGUGCGCGGGCCGGCGAGAACGGCCUCGACCGCGCUGCCUCCAAGGGCUUGGCGACGAGCGCCGCCGCGACGACGGCGCGGCUCCAGCUCUACAAAAACUACGGGGCGGACGGCAGCAAGUCCGACGAAAGCGCCAGCACGCGUGCGCGGGCCGGCGAGAACAGCCUCGACCGCGCUGCCUCCAAGGUAUUCGCGACGAGCGUCGCCGCGACGAUGGCGCGGCUCCAGCUCUACAAAAACUACGGGGCGGACGGCAGCAAGUCCGACGAAAGCGCCAGCACGCGUGCGCGGGCCGGCGAGAACGGCCUCGACCGCGCUGCCUCCAAGGGCUUGGCGACGAGCGCCGCCGCCGCGAUGGCGCGGCUCCAGCUCUACAAAAACUACGGCGCGGACGGCCUCUACGCCGACGCGUUCGACUCCGAGACUACAAAAGGCGCGGCGAAGGCCGAGCUCGACCCGAACAAGUACCAGGCGGGCGGGGUGCACGCGCUCCACGCCAUCGAGCAGGUCAGCUACGUGCGGUACGAGAACUACCGGCUGAACGGCAGCGAUGCCGGCGCAAACUCGGAGACGGUGACGGCCUCGGCUGCGGGCCGAGCCUCUGUCCUCCCUCAGGUUGACCAGCUCAGCACGUCAGCGGCGCGGCUCCGCGUGAAAGAAGCAUCAGCGACCCCUGUGCGCCUACCUCGUUCCGCACAGGCGCUCGGCGCGGUCAAGACGAUGCUCGAGUCCAACCUGAUCAAGUGCGAGCAAGCAGCGGAGGGCUGCUCUGGCGAGACUAUAGGAGGCUGCCCGCUCGCCGGCAGCGCGAACAAGCCGGCCGGCGUCGACGUCUUGGACGUCGCGUCCGCCGAGCCGCCGCUUGUGCCCGGCACCACAUUGAUGUUGGCGGCCUGGAACGCGACCAAGUGGGACUUCGGCGAAGAAGAGUGGGCCCAGAGCAACCUCGUUUGGGGCCUCGUCAAGUUUCUUGCGAUGUUGGUCAAAGUUGUCUUUAUGUGCGGUUGCAUUUCGGUCUACGUAGUCUUUAUGUUCGGUUGGGUCGUUCCGCGGCUCAGUAGCUUGGCAAAGGGCGCUGCCUGGAGCUCGUCCGUCGUCGGCUACCUGCUCUUUUGGCCAGAGAUCGCCCUCGUGGCGGCGGCGACGACUUCGGUCCGCGGCAGCGACUACACCAUUACAAAGAGUUCCAAGAUCAAGACCAAUGAGUCUCCGAGCUCGUCAGUCCAAAGCCUUGAGCAGCGGCGCGUGCUCUCGGGCGGCCGCAGCGACUACGCCAUUACGAAGAGUUCGAAGAUCAAGACCAAUGAGUCUCCGAGCUCGUCAGUCCAAAGCCGUGAGCAGCGGCGCGUGCUGUCGGGUUACGUGAUGACCGACAGCAACAUUAGAACGGCCGUCGCGGCGUGGCUCUCGGACGCGAGUGCUGCCGAGACGACGUACGGCCACAUUUCGACUUGGGACACAUCGGGGGUGACGGACAUGUCGGAGUUGUUUAAAGAUGCAUCGUCCUUCAACGAGGACAUUGGUGCGUGGGACACCUCGGGCGUCACGACGAUGGAGUACAUGUUCAGCAGCGCCUCGGCCUUCAACCAGGACAUCGGCGCGUGGGACACCUCGGGCGUCACGGAGAUGGGAAGGAUGUUCACCGCUGCCUCGGCCUUUGACCAGGACAUCGGUGGUUGGGACACCUCCGGCGUCAAGGGCAUGCAAUAUUUGUUCAGCGGCGCCUCGGCCUUUAACCAGGACAUCGGCGCGUGGGACACCUCCGGCGUCACUGACAUGACCCGGAUGUUCGAAUACGCCUACGCCUUCAACCAGGACCUCGGCUGGUGCGUGGACGACGACGUGGACCUGGACAUGGCGUUCGACUUCACGCCGUGCCAGUCGACGUCGUGCGGCGUCGAGCGGGGCCAAUUUGUAACUGCGAGCGGCAGCUGCGAGUCUACUCCUGCGCCGACUGCGUACUACGACGGCGUGCAUCACACAGACGUAAGCAUCCGCACGGCCGUGACGGCUUGGUUGAGCGACGCGACGGCCGCCGAGACGACGUACGGUCACAUUUCGACUUGGGACACAUCGCGGGUGAUGGACAUGUCGGAGUUGUUUAAAGAUGCAUCGUCCUUCAACGAGGACAUCGGCGCGUGGGACACCUCCGGCGUCACAACGAUGCGGUACAUGUUCAACUCCGCCUAUGCCUUUAACCAGGACAUCAGUGGUUGGGCAGUCGACAGUGUCAAGGACAUGUACGCAAUGUUCGAAUACGCCUCGGCCUUCAACCAGGACCUCGGCUGGUGCGUGGACGUCGGCGUGGACCUGACAAACGCGUUCAUCACUGCUGGUAUGUCGGCUGGUGGUACCCCGUGCGCGUCGACAUCGUGCGGUGUCACGCAUGUGGCAGGCGGCUGCGCGCCGACGCCGGCACCGACGCCGAGGCCGACAUUUACGCCAGCGCCGACAGCCUCCCCCCUGGUCGCGGACGACAGCACGAUUAGAACGGCAGUGGCCCUCUGGUUCUCGGACAACGCCGCCGCCAUGAGCACGUACGGCCACAUUUCGACGUGGGGCACAUCGGGGGUGACGGACAUGUCGUGGUUGUUUUGCGUGCGGCAGACUUCCGAGAACAGUCCCCAUUUUUCGAUGGACGAUCCGAUGGACGAGCCGGCGUCUUAUUAUGAUUCCUGUGUGCUUCCGGCAUCUGCGUCGUCCUUUAACGAGGACAUCGGCGCGUGGGACACCUCUGGUGUCACGACCAUGUACUGGAUGUUUGGCUACGCCUCGGCCUUUAACCAAGACAUCGGUUCGUGGGACACAUCGCGGGUGACGGACAUGUCGCAUUUGUUCCGACACGCCGAGGCCUUCAACGCGGACAUCGGCGCGUGGGACACCUCCAGCGCCAAGAACAUGAACUCGAUGUUCCUCUCCAGCGCCUUUAACAGAUACAUCGGUGGUUGGGCGGUCGAGAGCGUCACGGACAUGGGCUCGAUGUUCCUCAGCGCCUCGGCCUUCAACCAGGACAUCGGGGAUUGGGCGGUCCACAGCCUCACGGCGGGGGCUAUGCAAGACAUGUUCGCCGAGGCCACGUCCUUUAACCAGGACCUCAGUUGGUGCUUAGACGACAGCAUGA